AUGAAAGGAGCCAUCCUUCGCCACUACAACAAGGAGGUGCAGCACCAGCGCUUCAGGGGCUUCUGCUACCAGGAGGCAGAGGGGCCACGGGAGGUUUACGGCCACCUGUGGGAACUUUCCCGUUGCUGGCUGCAGCUGGAGACCCGCACCAAGGAGCAGGUGCUGGAGCUGCUGGUUCUUGAACAGUUCCUGAGCCUCCUGCCUGAGGAAAUGCAGAGCUGGGUGUGGGAGCGUGGCCCAGAGAGUGGCCAGGAGGCCGUGGCCCUGGCAGAGGAUUUCCAGCUCAUUCCCCAGGAGCCUGGGUGGCAGCAGCCCCAGGCGCCGGUGGUGUUUGAGGAGGUGGCCGUGUAUUUCACCCCAGCAGAGUGGGCCCCGUUGGACCAGCGGCAGAGGGACCUCUACAGGGAUGUCAUGCAGGAGAAUUUCAGGAACAUCCACUUGCUGGGUUUUCCAGUUCCCGAUCUGAUUUCCCAGAUGGAACAAAAGAAGGAUCUGAGUAGCCCAGGGCCCCAGAGCUCUGAGGAAAUGGAGAUCCCAAGAGGCCCCUGCACAGCCUGGCACAGUCGGUGCAGGCCAGAGAGGCAGCGGAGAAAUGCUCCAGGGAAGAGACAGGUUGAAUCCACUCCCUGGGAUAAGGAGUCUGGGAACCUCAAUGUCAGCAUCACGAAGCACCAUGGGAGCAACAGGUGCACCCACUGCAGGAGGAGAUUCAGCCAGAGCUUGGACCUCGUGGCGCACAAGAGGAGGCACUCGGAGAAGCCCCACAAGUGUGGGGAGUGUGGCAAGCAGGUCACGCAGCGCUCCCACCUCAUCCAGCACCAGCGUGUCCACACCGGUGAGAAGCCUUAUCCAUGCAGGGACUGCAGGAAGCACUUCAGCCUGCACUCGACCCUCAUCAAACACCAGCGCACACACACGGGGGAGCGGCCCUACCCCUGUGCCCAGUGCGGGAAGAGCUUCACGCAGCGAUACAACCUUGUGCAGCACCAGCGCAUGCACUCAGGGGAGCGGCCCUUCUCCUGCUGCCAGUGCGGCAAGAGCUUCAGCCAGAACUCAUCACUCACCCAGCACCUUCGGGUGCACACAGGAGAGCACCCUUUCCAAUGCGGGGAGUGCAGCAAGUGGUUUACCCGCACCUCGGACCUAGCCGCGCACGGGUGCAUGCACACAGGGGAGCGGCCUUACCAGUGUGGUAAGUGUGGGAAGAGCUUCAGCAUCCACUCCACCCUCAACAGGCACUGCCGCAUCCACACAGGCAAGCGGUCCUACCCAUGCGGAGAGUGUUUCGCCCAGAGCUCACGCCUCACCCAGCCUCAGUGCACUCAUGCUGGGGAGAGAGCCUACCCAUGCACAGAGUGUGGGCAGGUCUUUGGCACCAGCUCAGAGCUCACCCAGCACCAGUGCUGCAUUGGCCAGAAGCCCUACCAGUGUGGUGAGUGUGGGAAGCUCUUCGCCUGCACAUCGGACCUGGCCACGCACCAGCCCAUGCACAUGGGGGAGCAGCCCUACCAGUGCAGGGAGUGUGGGAAGUGCUACACCGUGAAGUCAGUGCUCACCAAACACUGCCUCAUCCAUGCAGGCAAGAAGCCAUACUGGUACGGGGAUUGCGCCAAGAGCUUCACGCAGAGCAUGCACCUGGCCCAGCACCAGUGUGUGCAGAUGAGGGAGCAACCCUUCCUCUGUAGGAACUGCAGCAGGAACUGCAGCCAGAACUCUGCACUCACCCAGCACCAGCUCACACAUGCAGGAGGCAAACCACGUCUGCGUGCAGGAAGUGAGCAGAGCUGCAGUGCUGGCUCAGACCAGCAGAGACGCCACACAGGGGAGCAGCCUUGUAUGCCAGCAGAAGGUGUUGGCUCAGAGCCCCCUCAGCCCCUGAGAUCUCCCCUGCCGGAGAGAGACUGCCAAUGUGCCCCGUGUGGGAGCCAAUUCAAGGAGAGCACAGAGCUCCUGGCGCACCAGAGAACCCACCUAGGCGCCCGAUCCCACCAGUGCCCCGAAUGUGGGAAAACAUUCAACCAGCGUUCGACACUGAUCAUGCACCAGCGCAUCCACACGGGAGAGAGGCCCUUCAAGUGCGCUGAAUGUGGGAGGCGCUUCAGUCGCAGCUCAGACCUGAUCACGCACCAGCGUGCCCACACGCAGGAGAAGCCCUACCCCUGCGGGAACUGCGGGAAGCGCUUCAGCCUGCGCUCGACCCUUAUCAAACACCAGCACACGCACACGGGGGAGCGGCCCUACCCCUGCGCCCAGUGCGGGAAGAGCUUCACGCAGAGAUACAACCUUGUGCAGCACCAGCGCACGCACACGGGGGAGCGGCCCUUCUCCUGCCGCCAGUGUGGCAAGAGCUUCAAACAGAACUCGGCGCUCACCCAGCACCAGCGGAUCCACACAGGGGAGCACCCCUACCAAUGCGGGGAGUGUGGGGAGCGCUUCAGCCGCAGCUACCACCUGCUGUUGCAUCAGAGACUCCACCUCAGGCAAAAGCUGAGGGGGAGGUCGUUCUCCCACCGUCCUGCUCCUUUUGGGAGUGGGGGAGACUGUUUCCCCCACCACCCUGCUCAUGCUGAGUCAGGGAAAUGA